CCCUUCGCCUUUUCAUGAGACUCUUCCAAACCUACGUACCUGUCCUUCUGCAGGAUAGUAGCCCUGCCCUGAACCCGACCCCACCGCCGGGCGCUGGGAAGAGUUUAGCAUAAGGAUUUCUUUUAAAGCCCAAUAUGACAGUUGCUACUGGAGAUCCUGCAGAUGAAGCUGCAGCUCUUCCCGGUCACCCACAGGACACGUACAACCCUGAGACCGACCAUGAGUGCUGUGAGAGGGUGGUCAUUAACAUCUCAGGGCUGCGCUUCGAGACGCAGCUCAAGACACUUGCCCAGUUUCCAGAGACCUUGCUAGGGGAUCCUAAAAAGAGGAUGAGAUAUUUCGACCCUCUCCGGAACGAGUAUUUCUUUGACCGGAACAGACCCAGCUUCGAUGCGAUUUUGUACUAUUACCAGUCCGGGGGGAGGUUGCGGCGGCCGGUUAACGUGCCCUUAGACAUCUUCUCGGAAGAGAUCCGCUUCUAUGAACUGGGGGAAGAAGCCAUGGAGAUGUUUCGGGAGGAUGAAGGCUACAUCAAGGAAGAGGAGAGGCCGCUGCCUGAGAAUGAGUUUCAGAGACAAGUGUGGUUGCUCUUUGAGUACCCCGAGAGCUCAGGCCCUGCCAGGAUUAUAGCUAUUGUCUCUGUCAUGGUGAUUUUAAUCUCCAUCGUCAGCUUUUGCCUGGAAACGUUGCCCAUUUUUCGGGAUGAGAACGAAGACAUGCACGGCAGCGGGCUGAGCCAUCCCCCCUACUCCAACAGCAGCAUGGGGUACCAGCAGUCCACUUCUUUCACAGACCCCUUCUUCAUCGUGGAGACACUUUGCAUCAUCUGGUUCUCCUUUGAGUUCUUGGUGAGGUUUUUCGCCUGCCCCAGCAAGGCUGGCUUUUUUACCAACAUCAUGAACAUCAUAGACAUUGUAGCCAUCAUUCCCUAUUUCAUCACCUUAGGGACGGAGCUGGCCGAGAAGCCAGAGGAUGGUCAGCAGGGCCAGCAAGCCAUGUCCUUGGCCAUCCUUCGAGUCAUCCGCUUGGUGCGGGUCUUCAGGAUCUUCAAGCUCUCCCGGCACUCCAAGGGGCUGCAGAUCCUGGGACAGACUCUCAAGGCCAGCAUGAGGGAGCUGGGCCUCUUAAUAUUCUUCCUCUUCAUCGGCGUCAUCCUCUUCUCCAGCGCCGUCUACUUUGCUGAGGCCGACGAGAGCGAGUCCCAGUUCCCGAGCAUCCCCGAUGCCUUCUGGUGGGCUGUGGUUUCCAUGACGACUGUUGGCUACGGAGACAUGGUCCCCACGACCAUCGGGGGGAAAAUAGUGGGUUCCUUGUGUGCCAUCGCUGGUGUAUUAACCAUUGCCUUACCAGUGCCCGUCAUAGUGUCUAACUUCAAUUACUUCUACCACCGGGAGACCGAGGGAGAGGAGCAGGCUCAAUAUUUGCAAGUAACCAGCUGCCCAAAGAUCCCCUCUUCCCCUGACCUAAAGAAAAGCAGAAGUGCCUCUACUAUUAGUAAGUCUGAUUAUAUGGAGAUUCAGGAAGGUGUAAACAAUAGCAAUGAGGAUUUUAGGGAGGAGAACUUGAAGACAGCCAAUUGCACCCUAGCUAACACAAACUAUGUGAAUAUCACCAAAAUGCUAACCGAUGUCUAG